CAACCAAGUGUAUUUUGGAAUGGCAAAAAUAGCCAUGGAGAUCAUGGUUCUGGUAGCAGUUCUCAUGAUGACCAUGCUCUGGGCAGGAGCCUCAGCUCAAUCCAGUUGCACAAAUGCGAUUGUGGGCAUGUCUCCAUGCCUCAAUUACAUUACAGGGAACUCAUCAACUCCAUCUUCCUCUUGUUGCUCCCAGCUUGCCAGUGUUGUGGCAUCACAGCCGCAGUGCCUGUGCCAGGUCGUCAGUGGUGGAGGAUCCUCGUUGGGAAUCAACAUCAACAAGACCCAGGCAAUGGCACUCCCUGAUGCCUGCAAUGUCCAAACUCCACCUGUUAGUAAGUGCAAUGGUGCAGCUGCUUCACCAUCACCUGCAGGAACACCAAGCACUUCACAUAGCACUCCAUCAGGAAGUGGAUUAGUGAUUGAUCCAUCGACGGAUAAUUCAUCGGAUGGAAGCAUUAGCAAACUGUCAUUUUCUCUGUCAUUCUUCCUUCUCUUCAUUGCAUCAGUUUCUUUGACUUUCACCAGCUUUUAAGUUUCUUAUUGUUCACUGUCGGAAGAUCAUACUUUGUAUGUCCUACAUAUGUCCAUGAUUCUCUAUAUAAUCUUAUUAUUGUUCCUUAGUUGACUGGGAGUGUAUUAUUUCUUCUUUUGAGAUGGGUCUUCCUGAUUUUGUACGAAGAGCUAUCACGCACUCCCUCUCAAUAUUAAGUAGAAACAUUAGUUAC